GGGGGCAGGAGAUGGAAGCAAGAUGGGGGCCGCCGCGGGCGAGGGGACAGCAGCGCGGGUGACGGAGGCGAAGCGCGAGUGAGAGGGAGGACUCGGUUCCCAGGGGCCAGGCUGGUGUGUAAGGGGCUCCCAGGGGCCAGGCUGGUGUGUAAGGGGCUCCCAGGGGCCAGGCUGGUGUGUAAGGGAUCAGGCUGGUGUGUAAGGGGCCAGGCUGGUGUGUAAGGGGUUUCCCAGGGGCCAGGCUGGUGUGUAAGGGGUUUCCCAGGGGCCAGGCUGGUGUGUAAGGGGCCAGGCUGGUGUGUAAGGGGUCAGGCUGGUGUGUAAGGGGUUUCCCAGGGCCAGGCUGGUGUGUAAGGGGCCAGGCUGGUGUGUAAGGGGCUCCCAGGGGCCAGGCUGGUGUGUAAGGGAUCAGGCUGGUGUGUAAGGGAUCAGGCUGGUGUGUCAGGGGCCAGGCUGGUGUGUAAGGGAUCAGGCUGGUGUGUAAGGGGUCAGGCUGGUGUGUAAGGGGCCAGGUUGGUGUGUAAGGGGCCAGGUUGGUGUGUAAGGGGCCAGGUUGGUGUGUAAGGGGCCAGGCUGGUGUGUAAGGGGCCAGGUUGGUGUGUAAGGGGCCAGGUUGGUGUGUAAGGGGCCAGGCUGGUGUGUAAGGGGCCAGGUUGGUGUGUAAGGGGUCAGGCUGGUGUGUAAGGGGCCAGGCUGGUGUGUAAGGGUCUCCCAGGGGCCAGGCUGGUGUGUAAGGGGUCAGGCUGGUGUGUAAGGGGCCAGGCUGGUGUGUAAGGGGCCAGGCUGGUGUGUAAGGGUCUCCCAGGGGCCAGGCUAAUGUAUAAAGGGGCCUGAGACCAGGGCUGGGGGUCCGAGAAGGAGAGAACCGUGUGUGAGAGGUUCCUAUAGGGGUCAGAUCCCUUGUGUGGGGGGCUCUCAAGGCCUCGGGAGGGAGGGAGGGAGUGGUUCGUGAGGGAUUUCCUCGGGUCCUGAGGUCAGGGCUGGGGGUCUGGCAGGUAGUUAGCAGCGUGUGAGGCGCACCCAGGGGCCAGGGCUGGUGUUUUGAGGGCCCGAGAGGUAACGAGCGGUGCGUGAGGGUCUCCGAAGGGCCCGGGGCCCGUGGCUAGGGGUCCGAGAGGGAGCGACUGGUGCGUGAGGGGCUUCCCGGCGGUCCGCGAUGGGCUCCCAGGUGCUACAGAUCCUCCGACAGGGAGUGUGGGCCUCGCUAACCGGGGGCUGGUACUUCGACCCACAUCAGAGCAAGUUCUCCAACUGCUUCCACCUCUACGUCUGGCUGUUCCUGCUCUGCUUCCCCUUCCUGCUCUUCAUGGCUUUGCCGCCCAGCACGUCCGUGGCCGGGAUCUACUGUGCCAUCGUGGCUAUUUUCUUCACCGUGGUGAAAGCCAUCAACUACCGGCUACACGCCAUGUUUGACGAGGGGGAGAUAGUGGAGAAGAAACACCCGUCACUGGCAAUGGACGCAACAAAGACCGAAGAAGGGGAAUCCGGGGCGUGUGAAGACAACACCACGAUAAGGGACCCAGGGGGAGGGGUGGAGAUGACAGUGUUCAGGAAAGCAAACACCACACCGCCCGUCCGCUGUAGCUCUCAGCAUUCUGUCUUUGGCUUCAACCAGGUCUCGGAGCUGUUGCCUCACCUGGAAGAUGAGGGAACCACAAAAGGUAUCAAGGAGCUGGUGAGGGAGCAGGGCAGCAAUAAUGUGAUCAUGACCUCAACCGACAGACAGUUAUUGAAGCACAACCACCAGGAGGUGCUGAGUUUACAGUUGGACGAGGUGUGUAAAGAUGGCUCACUCUCCCCUGACAGAAACUGGCUGGACGACCCCAACUCGGGGAUAAAACUCCCCCCGCUUCUGCCCGCAGAGGGGGUCCCUCGCUCCCAAAGCCUGGGGGGCUCAUCGGGGGGGGCGAACCUGGCCCCUGCGCUGGCGGUGGUGGCGCUGGGUGGUGGAGGGGAGCCGAAACCCGGCCCCUUACUCUUCAGCCUGCUCGACCAGGAGGGCCGCUGGGACCCCAGUCAGACGGACACGUUGCUGAGCGGUGAGGGCCACGGCGAGCGUCUGCGGCCAGGUGAGCCCCCCGGAAGCUUCCGGAAGCUGUGCGGGCGGGCAGCAGGCUCCACCGACAGUUGCUUCAGCGGCGGCACGGACCGCGAGACCCUCAGUACCGUCAGCAGCUUCCGCAGCGAGAAGACCAACUCCACGCAGCUGGACAGCCCCUCGCUGGGCCAGACAGACCCUCGGCGGGAGGGGGGGGCCGGGGAUGCCGGCCCGGGGACCCCUGGACCCCCAGAGGUGGCCGGCGGGAAGGAGGGGAGCGACACGGACGAGGUGUCGGACAGCGAGCUCACGGCAGCCCUAGAUUAUGCCGAGACUACCUUGGCCGGGCUGCACACGGGGGAUGCCUCGGACCCCCUCUCGCUGUGGUCGAGGGAGAAGGCGGGGGUCCCGGGGCCAGGGGGGAUCCGAGGCGGCUUGGGGUCCGCCAGCGAGCAGCAGCAGCAGAACGAGCGGGCGGUCCGGCCCAAAGACCUGACCCUGCUGCGGGGGCACAAGACGGUCCGGAAAAAGCCGGGGCGGCGGGGGGCCGGGGUGGGGGCCUUUGAGGGAGCCUUCCGCCGCGAGUACGGCCCCGUGCGCCCCCCACCCCCGCAGGCCGGGAAGGGUUACGGCGAGGACUACCUGGAGGAGGAAGAGGAGGAGGAGGAGGAGGAAGACUCGAGCGACCAGAGCGACCUGAGCCGGACCUCCAGCCUGCGAUCGCAGCCGGCCUACACCUCGGACAGCUCGUCCAGUGCCACCUCGCUCUCCCGCUCCACCCCCUACCCCCCCGCUCCACGCGAAGCCCCCCAGAGACGCAAGCAGCGGCGACGACAGCCCCCCAACCCCCGGCCCCAGCCACAUCCUCCUCCGCCUCCGCCCCUCUCGGACCCCCGCCCUGAGCCGGGGACCCCCGAGACCCUGCUGGCCCUGGCCCUGGCCCCGCCCAGCCCAGCGCAAGAGGCUCCCGGGCCCCGGGAGACCGCUGGGGCCGGGAAGGACGGGGAGGGGGUCCUCGAGGAACGCGAGCUCUUCCCCUCCCGGAGGCCGGGGUCCGUGGAGAACGCCUGGAGCCGGUCGGGGCUGGAUGAUCCGGUCGGGUGGGCCGAGGAGGGAGCGGUCGGAGGAGCCCCCCCCAGUGAGGACGGGGGGAAGCGAGAGCGCAGUGGGAGCAGCGUGAAGAGAACGCAGGCCAUGAGACGGAGGCAUAACGCAGGCAGCAAUCCCACGCCACCCCCCUCCAUCAUGGGCUCCCCACCCAGCCUGCAGGAUAUCCAGCGUACCCGAGCUGCCUCUCAGUCGCGCACACACACCCUGCCGGCCGCCCUGCAGUUUGCCAGCUCGCUGCUUUUGCCCCGGGGUCCGGUACACGAAGCCUCCACCUUCGACGACACCUCAGAGGGGGCCGUCCACUACUUCUAUGAUGAAGCAG